AUGGAUUUUGAUGAGCGGGUACCCGUUGGGUCUAACAUGUAUUUGCCCAGCUGUACUUAUUACGUGUCUGGAACGGAAUUCUCCAGUCUUCCUCCUUUUCUGCCCCAGACCCCGUCUUCAUGCCCCAUGACAUACUCAUACUCCACGUCCAAUUUGCCACAGGUUCAGACCGUUAGAGAGGUCUCUUUCAGGGACUAUGCCAUUGACACGUCCAGCAAGUGGCACUCCAGGGGCAAUCUGCCACACUGCUACGCGACAGAAGACAUGGUGCACAGGGACUGCAUGUCCAAUCCUGGAACUUUGGGGGACAUGUUAUCGAAAAACAACUCGGUUUUUUACCACUCUAACACGAGCCACACACCCAACAUGUUUGGCAGCGUAGGGAGGAACGGAGUGCUGCCCCAAGCAUUCGAUCAGUUUUUCGAGUCAGCGUACGGGGACGUGGAAAGUCAGUCGAGCGACCAUCCAGUGGACAGAGCAACCAGCAAAGCGCCUCCGCAUGCUGAAUCAGGGAGCGACAGUUGUCGGGGAACGGAUGAGACCGAGCGGUGCGAAGAGACGAGCAGCCCCGAGUCAUCUUCCGGUAACAACGAACAGAAAUUCAACAACAACAACAACACCAACACCAACAGCACCGGACAGAAGACACGGAAAAAGAGGUGCCCUUACACCAAGUAUCAGAUCAGAGAGCUGGAGAGAGAAUUUUUCUUCAGUGUUUACAUUAACAAAGAAAAAAGGCUACAGCUCUCCAGAAUGCUCAACCUCACCGACCGUCAAGUCAAAAUAUGGUUUCAAAACAGAAGGAUGAAAGAAAAGAAACUAAACAGAGACCGUUUGCAGUAUUACACCACGAACACUCUGCUUUAG